AGCGCAAAGGCAUGAGCACCGAAAAAACGAUCAUGACACUCGAUACACCAACCCUGGAGAGUGGAGUGAUUUUGUUCUCGAGAAGCAAGCAGCUCAAAUAUAUACUAGAACUUUAUUUUUGGAUGUUCAACUCGAGAUUCAACAUGCUAUUCAUCGUUGUACGAGUGUCAGAUUAGAUCACGUCGGUGAUUUCAUUAAGUUUUUUAUAAAGGAUCUCGAUCAGCCAUGUUCUUCGUUCUUCGAGGUUAUGAUACGCGAGGAGGAUGUUACUGUUAAGUGUAUCUGCAACAGGUUUGAGCAGUUUGGGCUGUUGUGUAGUCACAUUUUUUGCGUGUUACGGAUUCUUGAUAUAAGGGAGUUUCCUAAACAAUAUAUAUUGAGGCGUUGGACGCGUGAAGCUGUUCCAAAUAGUUCCCCCGGGUCCAUUCUUACGGAUGGUGGAGAUCCAGAUCGUAGUGACGAGGUUAACCGGUGUGUUCGGGAGAUUAGUCACGCAACGGAGUAUGUCGUGAACAAGUUGAUUUCAAAAUUUGAUAAGUUGUCUGAUUUUCGAGACCAUAUCAAGCAGUUUAUGUCAGUCGCGGAUGAAGCUCAAAUAAAUGCACCUCCCAAGACACGACGUAAUCGAUUUGCUGAACUGCUAGGAGUUGCUCCAGAGAGCACGGCCACUAUCCGUGUUCCAGUUGGUACCAGGUUCAAGGGCUGUGGUUCUCAUAAACGCCUUAAAUCUCAAAAGGAGCGAGCCAUAAGUCAGUCUGGAAGUAAACGUCGUCAAUGUUCAUUAUGUAAAAAAUACGGUCAUAACAGAGUAACGUGCUGGAAAUACACCGUGGCUGGGGCUGAGGCAGGUUCUUCCCGGAAUGCUGGAGGUAAUGAAGACACAAUUCCUGAAGGAGAUGCAGCUAUGGUUGUUCAAGGUGAUGGUACUGGAUUGAACGAUGAUGAUGAUGUGUUUUACACAUCUGGAAACGAUGCAGAUAUGGACGAUGAGGAGAUGGCAUAG